UUUGUUAUUCUCGUUCUUUUCGGAAAUCUUCACUGCGAAGGUAGCAGCGAAGCAAAGAAAUGGGACGUGUAAUCAGAGGUCAGCGUAAGGGAGCUGGGAGUAUUUUCCGCUCUCAUACAAAACAUAGGAAAGGAGCUGCGAAAUUGCGUGUGCUUGACUAUGCGGAACGGCAUGGAUACAUAAAGGGUGUAAUCAAGGAUAUUAUUCAUGAUCCUGGUCGUGGUGCCCCUUUAGCUGUAGUUGUUUUUCGUGAUCCCUAUCGAUACCAACUUAAGAAAGAGCUCUUUAUUGCUACCGAAGGAAUGUACACUGGACAGUUUGUGUAUUGUGGAAAGAAAGCCACCUUGCAAGUGGGCAACUGCCUUCCUGUUGGUCACAUGCCCGAAGGUACCAUCAUAUGCAAUGUGGAAGAGAAAACAGGUGAUGGUGGAGCAAUGGCUCGUGCUUCUGGAAACUACGCCACUGUCAUCUCUCACAAUGUUGACACAAACAAGACUCGAUUGAAGUUGCCAUCUGGUAUAAAGAGACUUGUUCCAUCAGCCAAUAGGGCCAUGGUUGGUAUUGUGGCCGGUGGUGGUCGUAUUGAAAAACCUUUAUUGAAGGCAGGUCGAGCAUACCACAAAUACAAGGUUAAACGUAAUUGCUGGCCCCGUGUCCGUGGUGUGGCUAUGAAUCCCGUUGAACAUCCUCACGGCGGUGGUAACCAUCAACAUAUUGGUAAGCCGUCGACGAUGAGAAGAGAUGCGUCCGCCGGUCGUAAAGUUGGUUUGAUUGCUGCUCGUCGUACCGGACGUAUUCGAGGUGGAAAGAAACAAUUGAAGGCGGAUUUGAAGGAAGGGGAGAAGUAAAUAGAAAUUUUUCCCAGUGUUUCAGUAUUCAAAAUAAAAUGUUAGACAAAA